GGCCAAAUUACACAUGGUGGCAACAUGGCGGAUUCUUUGUCGCCAGCUGAAGUUUUGUAGCGUUUUACAACACUCUUCUUUGUUUUGGUUUUGGAUACUUGCAAAAAUGGUUCGGCAUAGGAAAGGAAAACACGCCUUAGAUUCUUCUAAAGAUCAUGAUGACAGAUCUAAAUUCACACGGCGCCGAGGAAAGCAACCUUCAUUGAAACCAUUUCUGCUGUUGGCAGCUGUUUUUGGAAUUCCUCUGUGUAUAUUCGGAGCGUUUAAACUUUGGAAUUACAGAUUAUCUACCCGUCUUUACACUCCGCUUAACGCACCGUUAGUUAUAAACAAAUCUGAGAGUGACAUGAGCCGCUUCUGGGGAACUUAUCGUUCCAAUUUGUACUUUGGCCUUAGGUGAGAAUCAGAAAUUAUGUCAAUUUUAGUUAAAUUUUCAGGGCUAUUCUAACAACAACGCCAAUUGCUAAGGGGGACUUUGAAAUUUAUGACUGAGCGGGUGACUACACUUUGAUAUCUGGAGUACUUCUUAGGGAUAUGGCAAAAAAUUCCCUUUUUUGUGGUUGGAAAGAAAAAACAAGCUUUUCUGAGGAGGGGAGAUGGAACAGUGCUGGGACUUUCUUUGGGCUAAAAGUCAGGGUCUGGCUAUUAAAUGGAAUGGACGUCAAUAGUUUAAUGUAAGAUAAACUUAGGGUGUGUUACUUUGGGUAGAUCUGACAAUAGAUUUUUGAUAUUAAAAGCCUGAAAGGGACUUCACAUGCCUUUUGGCAAAUGCAAGUCCAAGAUUUCUGAACUUGUGAAUCCUUGCUGGAUUUAAAAUCCACAAUAUUUUCAGAUGGGAACUGGAAUUACUCUACAAACUCACUUGUUGAUGUAGUAGGCACUUGAUUGUGUUAGUGCAACAAAACUCUAUUUGCCACGGAUAGAAGACUCACGAAGAUCUUGAAUUCCCUGAUAUUCGUUGAUUAAGAAAGAUCUGCUUUUAAAGUGUCAUAGGAGGUCUUCCACCCUAUUUGAGCUCAUGUAGUGAGAUAGGUACCACAGCAAGAAAACCUUUCAGGAACUUACGUGCUUGUCUUAACAUGGCACACAAAAGUGGCUUUGAUACUUAUCUAUUAUGCUUUAUUGGAGAACAAAAAACUUUGCAUAGUUUUUAACAUUUUCCCCUCCUUUCUCUGUAAUUCAUGUGUUACUAGUGCUUUGAUUAUGUUGGCACUAUUUGAGUUCCCAACCACAGACUUUUCCACAUCAUUUCUUGGGAGACCAUCAUAUUAAAAAAAGAGGAAGGAAAUCUACAAUCCUCACCAAAAAUCCUUGAAACCCCUAUUUAUGCACAUCCCUUUCCUUCUGCAAUGAUGAGAUGUGAUUGCAAAGCUACGUGGCUACAACAACAUUGCAAAAGGGAGGGGGAAACAAAAAGGAUCAAAAUUUUCCAAAGUGUCUCAAGGUUUUUGUCUGAGAUUGUAGGAUCAAAAAUCUGGUUUUGGUUUUGUUAAAAGGAACACCCCCUGAGUAUUCAUAUUAUUAUAGAAAUAAGUUGAUUGAAGCCUGAAUAAAAGUAUGAUUGGAUGAAAGUACGUCAAACUAGAAAACCUAUUUUUCAGCAUGAUAAGUCGUGAAAAGUUUCUGAUUCAUCAAAUGAAUGUACCAUGUAGAAAGAAAAUAGGUCCUACCUCAACUAGAUUUAUUUGUUGGAACUUUAUGUGUGCAUAAAGAUACAAAGAGAUGGCUGACCAUUGCUACCACAGUACUACAGCUACUGAACAAGGAUGCUUGGAAUGUUUCAUAAAUAUAACACAUGGUGAAAUCUUCUCUAGCAAUUGAUAGCCGCUUGUUUUCUUACAGUAAAGUCACUGUACUAGCAAGCAGUUUUUGUUCAUCUUUUUUUGCAUGAAAAGAUGCUCCUCAAUGAUUUUCUUUGUUUCCUCAACACUGCUUUUGAAAACAUACAUACUGGUAAAAAAGUUAGACCUAUUUUCACUGUUGAAGAGAAACUGGUCAGAUUUUUUUAAAUUUUCUGGGGAUGGGUGACUUGGUUUCCCUGUAGAAGUUCUUGCCUUAUUGCAUUAUCAGGAAGCAAAUGCAUUUCCUUAUUGAUCCAUGCAUGAGAUGUAUAUUGAUGAAAGACAGAGGUUAAUAUUAUUGUAACUCAUUUUAAUAAUAUUUUUUCGCUAGAACACGCAGUCGUAAGUCCUUGAUGACAGGAUUGAUGUGGUUCCCUCAGUAUGCUCCUGAUGGACAGUUAACCAUUCGCCACACUUGUGAACAGUCUGAUGGGUUGCUGAAGUAUGGCUGGCUUAAACAUGAUGGCACUAACUUUGGAUCUCAAGAAAUAGUUGACAAAGAUUUUGCUUUGGUGACAGACUUUGUAAAACGAUCGGGUGGAGAUCAUGGAGGGGAUUGGACUGCAAGAAUUUCUGGCAAAGAAAUGGUUUGGCCAGCUUUAGUAUCUAAGUACAAUACACACAGCAUCUUUUGCAUUCUCAAAUUAGAUUUUAGUUUUUGAGGUCUUUUUCCUAAACACUUGUAAGCCCAGCUGGGCAAAGGUUGUAAAAUUACAACUACGUGUCCAAUAAUACCUGUAUCUUAUCCUGUUCCAGGCAUUCAGAUAGUGGAAUGUAGCUUGAAGUCAGAAAGUGGGCAAAAAUAAUAACAACCCACCCCUACCCCACCCCCUCGCUGUUUGUGCUACUCACAUCUUUUUGCACCGUCCCCACAAUCUGAAUUUCAGGAAUAGGCUAUCUGUGUCUCUGCCUCUUGUUGUUUUAGUUCUGGAAACUUAUUUCACAUUGCUGUGUUUUAAGUUGAUGUCAGUUCUGAUGGUAACUAAGGACCAAGUGACGUAAUAGCAAUCUCAGACUAUGUUCAAACUAGGCUCCCUUGCAGGCGUUUUUAGGGGAGCUUGUAUUUUGUCUUUUCUUAAAUGCCUGCUCAACUGAGAACAAUAUUCCUUUUUCCAUUGUUUUAUUCGUGUGGCAAGUGACUAAUCAACAGUUGUGAAAUAAAGUGUUGAUGGGACUCAACAGUUGUGUAAUUAGUAAAAAUGUGACCCCAUAGUUACCUUUUUCCUUCUUUUCUUUCCUUCGCUAAGGUUAUGUACUUCACGGUGUAUUCUAAAUUCUGACUAAAUCUUACUUUUGCUGCUCCGAGUCUGACAUUUAUUAGAGGUCAUAAAGCUUUCCUAGUGUUUCAUGCAGAUGGAGUAAUUAUAGGGUUACCCUGUGGUCAGGUCAACUUUCCAGAAUUUGGAAAGUACAAUGUGAUUGGCUGAGUGUGGGAAAGGAAUGUUUUUGUUGAGCAGGCGUUUGUGGGGAGGGACGAAAUAUGAGCUCCCCUAAAAACACCUGCAUGGGAGGUUAUGUUCACACUAUAGCAGCUAGAUUUUUGUGCCAACAUGAAAAGCUAUCCUGUAUAGUAGGCUGAAUUAGCAACAGAAUGGGAACGUCAGUUGACGACGGCGCACGCAGAUCAAACAACUGGCUUGACCAAUGGCAGAGUGGCAAAUUGGGCACCGGAAGUCGUGUUUAGUCCUUUUCGCGCUUUCCCGUCGUCAACUGACGUUCCCGUCCUGUUGCUAGAUCAGCCUAGUAUAAACACUAGACUGGCAGCAGUUUCAGCCAUGAGGAACCAGUCUCUCCUCCUUUUUACAAUUAAUUUGCAUAAUUUUACUUUUUCUCUUGCCGCACAUGGCUCUGUGGAAUGAAGGAUGACUGCUUGAGGUCAAUAUAAUCUCAACUUUAGAGAUUGGUGCUACACAGCUUUGCUCCAUUAAAGAAAUGGCACCGAAAGCACCAUUCUUAUGUGUGAACAGAUCUCUAUCCUGUAUGGUUUUCGGUGUUAAGGCCGAUUUAGACGGUAUGAUUUUUGCUUACGACUAUCGUGCGCGACUAGCAUACGCCAUGACUUCAUGACAGAUUGUAUUGUGUAAAUUUAAUUAGACCCAGGACAUUCGUAGGACACAUUGUGGAUGUUGUAAGUGAAAAUUGUGUGGAAGAUUGAAAGUCAUGGUCAUGAUAGUCAUGAUAGUGUUAAGCAAAAAUUGUACCUUCUAAAUCGGCCUUCAGAAGUUUUAUGCUUUUGUCGCUGGGAGGACCUUGUAUUGGUGUUUUAUUUUGCCAGUACACCCACAACAUCUAAAUAUUAAUAUUAUUUAAAUAUCUAAUUAUUGAUAAAUUAUGACAAUAUUGAUUAAUUUAUAUUUUCAUAUUACUUACAAAAAGAAAUUGAAUACUACUUCCAAAUAGAAAAAGCUAAUAAUAGUUAAUUUGAGGUUUUGUGAAGAAUGUUGUCCUAAAAAGUUAAAAAGGCCAGGGUUUCGAUUUUACUGGGGUCCACCUGAGUACCCUUGUAGACCCUUUCACGCUAUAACCUCUUUCCAAAUCUUUCCUUUUGUAGGGUAACCCAUCCCAGAUUGUGUCGUUGCUCUUUUAUGUGACUCAUGAGGGAGACAGCCACUUCCAACCCGUCAUCCAGAAAAAUGCGCUUACAGCACUCCAUGGCAAUACACCGGAACUUGGUUCGUUUACAAUACACUUUGCUCGUCCAGCUCGAGUGGUGUUCUCGUCGUUUCUUGCCGCUCACACGCCAAACGUGCACUCAGUAAAGGAUAUUGUGAUGCAGAACAUGCGAAUGGCUAAACUCAAGAAUAAAGUACAGCUUCUUUCAUUGGGUGGCCAUGUGACGAGCCGUGACCAGGAAGGGCGUGAAUUGCCAGUGAACUUGUUUGUUCAGCAAUGGACACUUGAGCUCCCUUUUGAUAUGGAGAUUGCCUUUGAAUCUGGAAGUUUCGUAACCAGAGGGGUACGGUUACUAGGGUCAACAUUUGCAAGUCUCAAAGACGAGCUCAGCUCUGAGUUUGAUAGAAAGUUUGAGGAGAAGUUUCCGCUCUCUGCUGAAGGGUUCAGCACUGAUGAGGUACAGUUUGCCCAGGCGGCGCUGAGCAACAUGGUUGGAGGGAUCGGAUAUUUUUAUGGCAGCUCAAGAGUGAUUUCUCGGUAUUUUAAAGAACCAACAGAUUACUGGAACAGUGCAUUGUACACUGCAGUUCCUUCCCGUCCGUUCUUUCCUCGGGGAUUCUUGUGGGACGAAGGUUUCCAUCAACUGCUCAUCAGCCAAUGGGAUGCUAAAAUCAGCAAGGACAUCAUCGGCCAUUGGCUGGAUUUGAUCAAUAUCGAAGGCUGGAUUCCGAGGGAGCAGAUCCUCGGCGACGAAGCACGAACGAAGGUGCCCUCGGAUUUUGUCGUGCAGCACAACGAAAAUGCAAACCCACCAACCUUGAUUCUGCCAAUCAAGUGGAUGCUGGAUAAAGGCGUAUUGGACGAUACGUAUCUACGAAAGAUUUUUCCACGGCUAAAGGCUUGGUUCAAUUGGUUUAACACCACUCAACUGGGUAAGCUUCCGUCAACGUACAGGUGGCACGGACGAGAUGCCAAGACUGACAAGGAACUGAAUCCCAAGACACUCACGUCUGGAUUGGAUGACUAUCCACGUGCGUCACACCCCUCGGAUGACGAACGUCACGUGGAUCUGCGAUGCUGGAUGGCGUUUGCCGCUGGUUUGAUGGCUGACAUUGCUAAAGCUGUCGGUGAGAACUCAGACGCUGUGCUCUACAGAUCGACUAGUGACUAUCUCUCUGAUAACAAGCUGCUGGACAAGUAUCACUGGUCCUCGAAGGCGGAAGCCUACAGCGAUUAUGGAAAUCACACCAAGCUUGUCAAGCUUGUCCAACGAGCUAUCCAACCAUCUCAACCAGGAAGCCCAAAGAAAACGGUCCGUAUUGUGACUUCUAAGCAGGGUCCUACUCUUAAAUAUGUUAAUGCUGUCGGGUACGUAAGUCUGUUUCCUUUCCUGCUUCAAAUAUUGGACCCCGCGUCGCCAAAGCUCGAGAAAGUCCUGAAGGAUUUAAAAGACCCUAAACGUCUCUGGAGUGACUAUGGUUUGAGGUCUCUAGCAAAGAGUGAUCCGAUCUACAAGAAAUACAACACUGAACACGAUGCUCCUUACUGGCGAGGAGCUAUCUGGAUUAACAUCAACUUUUUAGCUGUUAGAGCUUUGAAUCACUAUGCUGGUACUACAGGACCUUAUCAGGAGAAAGCGAAGGAGAUUUACACCGAAUUACGGAACAAUCUAAUUAAAAACAUAUUUAGUGAGUACACAAGAUCGGGCUUUAUAUGGGAACAGUACGAUGAUACCACAGGACGCGGAAAAGGUUCACAUCCCUUUACAGGAUGGUCCUCUUUAGUAGUGCUCAUGAUGUCAGAACACUUUUAACGUUUAGUUUUUUCUAUAAUUAUACUUCUCUGUGUGUGUACUGUGAGUUCACAUUCGAUCACAUUUUUUCUUAUUAAGUAAUGUAGGUAGGUUCAAUUUGUAAUUUAUUAAAAAUGAAAUCAUAUCAUAC